AUGAUGAGGCUUGCUGUUAUUGUAUUGACAAUAUUGUCAAUCACAAGUAUUGAUCCAGUUAAAUCUCAAACAUGUAUAUGCCCAUCUACUACUAUCAUAACUACCUGUAUUAGCAUCAGUGAUUCCUCCACUGUCAGUACAACAAGUCUUACCCCCUCCAGUACCCCUUCCAGUACCACUCCUACCCCCUCCAGUAUCCCUUCUAGUACCACUCCUACCCCCUCCAGUACCCCUUCCAGUACCACUCCUACCCCCUCCAGUACCCCUUCCAGUACCACUCCUACCCCCUCCAGUACCCCUUCCAGUACCACUCCUACCCCCUCCAGUACCCCUUCCAGUACCACUCCUACCCCCUCCAGUACCCCUUCCAGUACCACUCUUACCCCCUCCAUUACCCCUUCCAGUACGACUCUUACUCCCUCCAGUACCCCUUCCAGUACCACUCUUACCUCCUCCAUUACCCCUUCCAGUACCACUCUUACCCCCUCCAUUACCCCCUCAAGUACCACUCUCACCCUCUCCGUCAGUACCACAACUCUUACCCCCGCUCCCACCAUUAUCAAUACAGAUGAAUGUUUGCAUGAAAAUGGCUAUUGUGAACACAUAUGUACUGAUACAGAUUAUUCUUAUAACUGUUCUUGUUUUAUGGGAUAUGAAAUAAAUAGGACAAGAUUUUGCUCAGAUAUUGAUGAGUGCAUGAAGAAUAUAUCAAACUGUAAUCAACAAUGCAGCAACACACUUGGUAGCUACGCAUGCUAUUGUUACAGUGGGUAUGAACUGGAUAGUGAUGAUCACACAUGUAUUGAUAUUGAUGAGUGUGCUAUUGAUAAUGGAGAAUGUGAACAAAAUUGUCACAACACAAGUGGUAGCUACUAUUGUACUUGUGAAGACGGCUAUACAAUGGAUGACAACAGAAAAAACUGUUCAGACAUUAAUGAGUGUGAUGAUAACAUAUGUGAACAUGAGUGCAGUAACACAAUACCUUUCUAUGACUGCUUUUGCAAUAAUGGCUACAGAUCUUAUGAUAUCAAUUUUUGCAAAGAUAUUGAUGAGUGCAUUGAAGGCAUAUCAGGCUGCAAUCAACUUUGUUCUAAUACUCUUGGUAGCUAUGAAUGUAGCUGUGAGAGAGGGUAUCUACUAGAACCUGAUAAUCAUACUUGUACUGAUAUUGAUGAAUGUGUCAAUAAUAAUGGAGGAUGUGAGCAGUCCUGUAUUAAUACCAAUGGUAGUUAUUAUUGCACUUGUGAUAUUGGUUAUGUUCUGAAUGAUGAUCGUCAUCAAUGUGAUGAUGUAGAUGAAUGUUUUUUGGGUAUUGAUGCAUGUAAUCAUAAUUGUGUCAAUACUAAUGGAUCAUACUACUGCAAUUGCUAUACAGGAUAUCAACCUAGCGCUAAUCAAAAAUAUUGCAUUGAUAUCAAUGAAUGUGUAGAAAACAUAUCAAAAUGUAAUCAACUAUGUUCUAACACUGAAGGCAGCUACAUAUGUUUUUGCCAAGCAGGAUAUAAAUUAGACAAUGAUAAUCACACGUGUAUUGAUAUUGAUGAGUGUGCUGUUGAUAAUGGAGAAUGUGAACAAACUUGUCACAACACAAAUGGUAGCUACUAUUGCACUUGCAAAGAUGGUUACACAAUGGAUGACAACAGGAAAAACUGUUCAGAUAUUAAUGAGUGUAAUGACAAUAUAUGUGAACAUAGCUGUUUUAACAAAAUACCUUUUUAUGAAUGCUUCUGCAAUAACGGUUAUAAAUCACAUGAUUUCAAUUUUUGUGAAGAUAUUAAUGAAUGUACUGAGGGCAUUUCAAACUGUGAUCAACUUUGUUCCAAUACUCUUGGUAGCUAUGAAUGUAGUUGUGAAAGAGGAUAUGAACUAGAAACUGAUAAUCAUACUUGUACUGAUAUUGAUGAGUGUGUCAUUGAUAAUGGAGGAUGUGAGCAGUCCUGUAUAAAUACCAAUGGCAGUUAUUAUUGCACUUGUGAUUAUGGAUUUGUAUUGAAUGAUGAUCGUCUUUUUUGUGACGAUGUGGAUGAAUGUGCUCUUGGUAGUCAUGCAUGUAAUCAUGACUGUGUCAAUACUAAUGGAUCAUACUUUUGCAGUUGCUAUGCAGGAUACCAGGCUACUAAUAACCAAAAAUAUUGUAUAGAUACUAAUGAAUGUGCUAUUGAUAAUGGAGGCUGUGAUCAGUUGUGUACCAAUACUCAAGGAAGCUAUUGGUGCUCUUGUAACUCUGGCUAUGUUUUGAAUGCUACAGAUGGUCGCACAUGCAAUGAUAUCAAUGAAUGUACUGAUGGUACAGCCUUUUGUGAAGAUAAGUGCUUCAACACUGAUGGAAGUUAUGUAUGUGAUUGUAAACCUGGUUAUCAGUUACAAAUGAAUAAUAUUUCAUGCUCUGAUAUUGAUGAAUGCAAUGAUAAUAAUGGUGGCUGUGAUCAUGAGUGCAUCAAUCAAGAGGGUUCUUACAUAUGCAUUUGCAAUACUGGAUUUACAAUUGAAGAAGAUGGACAGGGGUGUUCAGAUAACUCAAGAAAUUGUAUAGGAAAUCCAAGAGCUUGUGAACACAAUUGUCACAAUUAUAACAACUCUUUUUAUUGUUCUUGUUAUUCUGGAUACAAACUAAAUAGCAACGAAUGGACUUGUGAUAAUGUUAAUGAAUGUGAGGAAGGACUUCACAGAUGUAAUCAAAAGUGUCAUGACUUAACUGGUGCAUAUGAAUGUUCGUGUAAUGAUGGAUAUCAACUGACAACUGACAACUAUACUUGCUACGAUAUCAAUGAGUGCUUAGACAAUAAUGGAGGUUGUGAAGAUAUUUGCAAUAAUACACUGGGAAGUUAUAAAUGUAUAUGUGAAGUACCUGGCUAUGCAUUAAGCAGCAACAAUCAUAAUUGCUCAGAUAUUAAUGAGUGCAAGAAGGGAAUAUCAGGUUGUUCACAUGAUUGUGACAAUACAGAAGGAAGUUACUUAUGCAGUUGUCCAACAGGAUAUCUACUAGAACCUGAUAAUCAUACUUGUACUGAUAUUAAUGAAUGUAUCAUUAAUAAUGGAGGAUGUGAAGAAACAUGUAAUAACACUAAUGGCAGUUACAGUUGUUCCUGUCAGACUGGCUAUACAGUUGAUGAAAGUGGUCAUAAUUGUACAGAUAUCAAUGAAUGUAGUUCAAAUAAUGGAGACUGCGAUCAAAUUUGUACUAAUCUUGAAGGAACUCAUAACUGUUCUUGUAUGUCUGGUUAUAUCAUGGCAGCUAAUGGAACAUCAUGCAUUGAUAUUAAUGAGUGUGAUGAUAAUAAUGGAGGCUGUUCUCAAAUAUGCUCAAACACUGAUGGGAGCUUUGAGUGUGAUUGCAAUGAUGGGUAUGACUUUAUCAAAAAUAGUACCACUGAUUGUACAGAUAUUGAUGAGUGCCUUGUUAAUAAUGGUGGCUGUCAAAAGAUAUGUACUAAUACAAAUGGAAGUUUCAAUUGUUCUUGUCCAUCAGGCUACAGUGGCAAUGUUUUUUGUUCAGACAUAGAUGAAUGUCAAUUGAGAAUUUCAGGAUGUGAUCAGUCUUGUAUUAAUACUGUUGGUAGUUACUACUGUGAAUGUGAAUCAGGAUACACUUUGAGCAAUGACAGUCAUUCCUGUUUUGAUAACGACGAAUGUGUAAUGAGAAGUUCUAAUAAUUGUGAUCAAGUCUGUAUCAAUUAUCCUGGAUCAUAUAAUUGUUCAUGUAUUACUGGGUAUUCUCUUAAAUCAAAUGGAAUUUCUUGCAAAGAAAUUAACGAGUGCCUGGAACAAAUAUCAGGCUGUUCUCAUGAUUGUGAAAAUACUGAAGGAAGUUACUUGUGCAGUUGUCCAACUGGAUAUCUACUAGAAUCUGAUAAUCAUAUUUGCACUGAUAUUAAUGAAUGUAUCAUUGAUAAUGGAGGAUGUGAAGAAACAUGUGAUAAUACUAAUGGCAGUUACACUUGUUCCUGUGAGACUGGCUAUACAGUUGAUGAAAGUGGUCAUAAUUGUACAGAUAUAGAUGAAUGUAGUUCAAAUAAUGGAGACUGUGAACAGAUUUGUACUAAUCUUGAAGGAACUCAUAACUGUUCUUGUAGCUCUGGUUAUUUAAUGGCAGCUGAUGGAAUGUCAUGCAUUGAUAUUGAUGAGUGUAGUUCAAAUAAUGGAGACUGUGAUCAGAUUUGUACUAAUCUUGAAGGAACUCAUAACUGUUCUUGUAGCUCUGGUUAUUUAAUGGCAGCUGAUGGAAUGUCAUGCAUUGAUAUUGAUGAGUGUGAUGAUAAUAAUGGAGGCUGUUCUCAAAUAUGCUCCAACACUGAUGGAAGCUUUGAGUGUGAAUGCCAUCAUAGAUAUCGCUUUAUUGACAAUAGUACCACAGAUUGUAUAGAUAUUGAUGAAUGCCUUGUUAAUAAUGGUGGCUGUCAAAAAAUAUGUACUAACACAAUUGGAAGUUUCAGUUGUUCUUGUCCAUCAGGAUACAGUGGCAAUGUUUUCUGUUCAGAUAUAGACGAAUGCCAAUUGGGCAUUUCAGGAUGUGAUCAGUCUUGUAUUAAUACUGUUGGUAGUUACUACUGUGAAUGUGAAUCAGGAUACACUUUGACCAAUGACAGUCAUUCCUGUAUAGAUAAUGAUGAAUGUGUAAUGGGAACUAAUAUCUGUGAUCAAGUCUGUAUCAAUAAUCCUGGCUCAUAUAAUUGUUCUUGUCAUACUGGUUAUUCACUCAAAGCAAAUGGGAUUUCUUGUAUAGAUAAUCAUGAGUGUCAGAUUAAUCCUAAUAUUUGUGAACAAAGUUGCAUUAACACUGAUGGCUCAUUUUAUUGUGAAUGUUACUCUGGAUAUAGAUUGGAUACUCAAACUAAUAAUACUUGUUCUGAUAUUGAUGAAUGUAUUGAAGGAACAUCAGGAUGUGAUCAGAUAUGCAACAACACUGUUGGUAGUUAUAACUGCAGUUGUUUGACUGGGUAUCAGUUAAACAGUGAUGAUCAUAAUUGUGAUGAUGUUAAUGAAUGUACCAUCAGCAAUGGAGGAUGUGAACAGAUAUGUGUAAACACUAAUGGUGGGCAUUACUGUAUGUGUCAAGAAGGAUAUUCAUUUAAUAAUAGUGACACCAACUGUACAGAUAAUAAUGAAUGUAUUGAAGACAAUGGUGGCUGUGAUCAUACCUGUACCAAUACUGUUGGUUCAUAUAUUUGUAGCUGUGACACUGGAUAUAGUCUGAGUACUGAUGAACACAACUGCACUGAUAUAAAUGAGUGUGAUUCCAGUAACGGAGAUUGUGAUCAGAUAUGUAACAAUAUUCCUGGUAGUCAUUACUGUAAUUGCAAAGUAGGUUAUGUACUGCAUUCAAAUGGAAGUACUUGCAUAGAUAUUGAUGAAUGUAUAGACAGUGAUUGUGAGCAAAUAUGUAAUAAUACGGUUGGCAGCUACUCAUGUUCAUGUAAUAAUAGUUAUUUUUUGAAUAGUGAUGGAAGGAACUGCUCAGAUAUCAAUGAAUGUAUGAGUAACAAUGGAGGGUGUCAGCAUAUUUGUGUGAAUUAUGUACCAUUAUUUCAAUGCUCAUGCUAUGAUGGUUACAGGUUACAAAAUGAUCAAUUCUGUUCAGAUAUUGAUGAGUGCCUUGAACAAACAUCAGGCUGUUCUCAUGAUUGUGAAAAUACUGAAGGAAGUUACUUGUGCAUUUGUCCAACUGGAUAUCUACUAGAACCUGAUAACCAUACUUGUACUGAUAUUAAUGAAUGUGUCAUUAAUAAUGGAGGAUGUGAAGAAACAUGUGAUAAUACUAAUGGCAGUUACACUUGUUCCUGUCAGACUGGCUAUACAGUUGAUGAUAGUGGUCAUAAUUGUACAGAUAUUGAUGAAUGUAGUUCAAAUAAUGGAGACUGUGAUCAGAUUUGUACUAAUCUUGAAGGAACUCAUAACUGUUCUUGUAUGUCUGGUUAUAUCAUGGCAGCUAAUGGAACAUCAUGCAUUGAUAUCAUUGAGUGUAUUGAUAAUAAUGGAGGCUGUUCUCAAAUAUGCUCAAACACUGAUGGAAGCUUUGAGUGUGAAUGCUAUAAUGGAUAUGACUUUAUUGAAAAUAGUACCACAGAUUGUAUAGAUAUUAAUGAAUGCCUUGUUAAUAAUGGUGGCUGUCAACAAAUUUGUACUAAUACAAAUGGAAGCCAUUAUUGUUCUUGUAUAUCAGGAUACAGUGGCAAUGUUUUUUGUGUUGAUAUUGAUCCAUGUGAAUUGGGCAUUUCAGGAUGUAAUCAGACUUGUAUUAAUACUGUUGGUAGCUACUACUGUCAAUGUGAAUCAGGAUACACUUUGAACAAUGACAGUCAUUCCUGUUUAGAUAAUGAUGAAUGUGUAAUGGAAAUUGAUAUCUGUGAUCAAGUCUGUAUCAAUAAUCCUGGCUCAUAUCAUUGUUCAUGUAAUACUGGUUAUUCACUCAAAUCAAAUGGGAUUUCUUGUAUAGAUGAAGAUGAGUGUCAUAUUAAUCCUAAUAUUUGUGAUCAAACUUGCAUGAACACUGAUGGUUCAUUUUAUUGUGAAUGUUACUCUGGAUAUAGAUUGGAUACUCAUACUAAUAAUACUUGUUCUGAUAUUGAUGAAUGUAUUGAAGGAACAUCAGGAUGUGAUCAGAUAUGCAACAACACUGUUGGUAGUUACAACUGCAGUUGUAUGACUGGGUAUCAGUUAAACAGUGAUGAUCAUAAUUGUGAUGAUGUUAAUGAAUGUACCAUCAACAAUGGAGGAUGUCAACAGACAUGUAUAAACACUAUUGGUAGUCAUUACUGUUUGUGCCAGGAAGGAUAUUCAUUAAAUAAUAGUGACACAAACUGUACAGAUAAUAAUGAAUGUAUUGAAAACAAUGGUGGCUGUGAUCACACCUGUACCAAUACUGUUGGUUCAUACAUUUGUAGCUGUGACACUGGAUAUAGCCUGAGUACUGAUGAACACAACUGCACUGAUAUAAAUGAGUGUGAUUCCAGUAAUGGCGGUUGUGAUCAGAUAUGUAACAAUGUUCCUGGUAGUCAUUACUGUAGUUGUAAAGUUGGUUACAUACUGCAUUCAAAUGGAAGCACUUGCGUAGAUAUUGAUGAAUGUAUAGACAGUGAUUGUGAGCAAAUAUGUAAUAAUACUAUUGGCAGCUACAGAUGUUCUUGUAAUAAUGGAUAUUUUUUGAAUAGUGAUGGAAGGAGGUGCUCAGGUAUGAUUACUACAAUUUUUAAUAUGUUUUUCUGGCAAGAAUAG